AUGGAGUUCACAGUGAAGAAUCCAAACAGGAGAAUAAACCUCUGGUUUUCGGGUUUAGACGUUGUAUUAUUGCACGAAAAUAGCGAGAUUUCGAAGGGUAUUGUGCAGGGUUUUUCUCUGAGGAAGAGGAGUGAAGCAAAAAGAAUGAAGGUGAACUGCAAUAAUGGUGGGAUCAAAGGAGGGAACAUGAAUAAUUCGAGCAAAAAAGAAGUGGAUUUUAAUGUGAAAAUGAAUGGAUUGGCUCGGUUUAGAGCUGGGAAAUGGAUUCACGAGGAAAAACAAGUGCAAGUUCUGUGCAAGAAUUUGAAAAUGGGAGAUAAUGCAGAAGCUGAUGGUUGUGUUUCUUCUAUUGAUUCUUGA